CCUCCUCCUCCUCCACCUCCACCACCACCAAUGAUUACGAAGAAGUCGGCCAGAGGGCGAGUUUUCAAGAAACCGCCUCAAACCGCUCGCCAGGCAAUCAUUGUUGCCCUCUCAGAGUGCAAUGACAUUAUUCAGUCCUCACGGGUUUUCCCCAUUAAAAAGGGCCAACCCUUUCCCUCCGAUUUGCCCUCUGAGUCGGCCAAAAUCUGCAAGAAACUCCUCUUUUGCCUGUCACACCUGUACAUGUCACAUUUCCGCCAUCUGGAGCAGCUGGACCUGAUUGCACACGUGAACACUCUGGCCAAACACUUUUUUGCUUUUACAACGCGUUUCAACCUCAUUGAGGACUGUAACCUGGGACCCCUGAACGGUUUCCACCGCAGUCUGCUCGCCUGUCCAGCGCCAAUUUUAAAUCAGAAGGGAGGUUCUUCCAUGACUGCUGACCAAAGCGUGCGAUUCAAGUCUGGCAGUGCGGUGCAAUAUUCCUUCCCCAAUCAGUUGGAGUCUGUUGGAGUGGAACCCUGCCGCGAAUAUUAG